AUGGCCUACUACAGCCCUAUCGUCCCUACGCCAUUUAACCUCAUGACCUACGCACUCAAUCGUAUCGCCCACAGCCACGAAGUUAAGGAACAAAAGGAACAAGCGGAGAAACAAGCGGAGAACUCGUGCCAAGCACCCCCCCACCAAGCCAAACAAGCAAAUGUGGAGAAAACUACGGAGAAAUCUACGGAGAAGACUAUAAAGGAGAAUAAGAGCACGGAUAGCAGCAGCAGUGACACAACAGGCCUGCUCUCCACGGUCUUACAACAAUCCAUUCAGUCAGCUACUCAGCCAGUCACUCAGUCAGCCACUCAGCCAGAGCACUCAGUUAAGCAAGAGCAUAGGCCAUUGCAACAGGCAAAUAUGGAGAAAAUUGCGGAGAAAUCUACGGAGAAGUUUACGGAGAAGACUACGGAGAAGAACAAGAGCACGGACAGCAGCAGUCCUAUUCAAGCGGGCACACUCUCUACAAUUCCACACCAGGCCACUAUACAGAAUUGCGGAGAUCCUUCCCCUCGCCUCAACAGUGCUCCACUUUCUACCUUACCUCUCGCCUCUCUUCUCGCCUCUCUUCUCAUCUCUCAACUCGCCUCUCAACUCGCCUCUCCGCUCGGUUACACUCGAUUCGCGAAGGAUAUAAAGGCUAUAGGCCAAGGAUAG